AUCAGGUGUAGUCGCUGGCUGACUUGGUGAGGCUCAGGCAGCAUCCCUUUAAUGUGUUCAUACUAUUCAACAUUGUGCUGCUCUAGCCAGCCAUAACCCAAGCCUAUUUCUCCCAAACAAUAGUAGCCUACGCAAGGGUGUUUGUUGGUUGCGUGCGUCGUGCACCCCUACCGGACCGAGGGCAGCUCUGUGUGUAUUUUCCAAUAAUAACAGGCUGUCGCCAGCAGCGCAUCCUCACGUCACGGACCGUGCGGACGGACGGAGGGACACCGGAGACUCGGGAGAACAACUCCUCGUUCCUCACGGCGCAGGAGGAGGAGGAGGAGGAGGAGGUGCAAGGCAUGCGACGAGAGGGGGAGCGCCUCUCAACUACCGAGCGCUCACUUGUGGAUUAUAACCGGACCAGUAGUGUUCAGUAGAUCAACUAGUCUCCUGUUUUCCUUUAUUUUUGUCUGACUCCUGCAGGAGUGUCUGAACCAACAUGAACAUGUCCCCGCCCGACCGGAGGAAAAACAUCCGCGCCUUGGCUCUGGAGAUCGGCAUCCGCGUUCUUCUUUUCGGAGUUUUUGUAUUCACUGAGUUCCUGGAGCCCUUCGAGCGCGUGAUCCAACCGGAGGAGCUGUGGCUGUACAAGAACCCGCUGGUGGAGUCCGACCACAUCCCCAAGAGAGUCAUGUUUGCCAUCUCCUUCCUCACUCCCUUGGCCGUCAUAUUUGUGGUGAAGAUCAUUCGGAGGACGGACAAGACGGAGAUCAAAGAGGCGUGUUUAGCUGUGACACUGGCUCUGGCGCUGAAUGGAGUCUUCACAAACACCAUCAAGUUGAUCGUGGGCAGGCCCAGGCCGGACUACUUUCACCGCUGCUUUCCAGACGGGCAGAUCAAUCCCAAGAUGCUUUGCACCGGGGAACAGGAGCUGGUGUCAGAGGGCCGCAAAAGCUUCCCGAGCAGCCAUUCCUCCUUCGCGUUCUCUGGCCUGGGCUUCACCUCCUUCUACCUGGCGGGGAAGCUGCAGUGCUUCACGGACCAGGGUCGCGGGCGGAGCUGGCGUCUCUGCGCCAUGGUGCUGCCCCUCUACAGCGCCAUGAUGAUCGCCCUCUCCCGCACCUGCGACUACAAGCACCACUGGCAAGACGCCGUGGUGGGCGGGCUGAUCGGCUUUCUGUCCGCGUACUUCUGCUACCGCCAGCACUACCCUCCCUUCCUGCACGCUGAGUGCCACCUGCCUUAUGCCAGCCUGGCCGCCAACGCCGCCGCCGUGCGUCUGACCUUGCACCCCCUCCAGGACGAGCAGCCCACCGACAACUCCACCACCCUGCCCCUGGAGGGGCUGAACGAGGGGCCCGUAUGACUAGUGCCCCUGGGGAGCUCCACCCCCCAUCAGCCAUCCGGCGCAGCCCCCCACCACCACCCAACCCCUCUUGACCCGUUCAGCCCGCCACCAGCGCUGCACACGGCUCCAGUGACUGACUGACUACGAGUCAUCGUGUCGUACACAUUCCAGUAGAGAAGAGAUGGAUCAACGGCCACCAUCUCUUUUGGGGUCGCUCUCUCUCUCUCUCUCUCUCUCUCUCUCUCUCUCUCUCUCUCUCUCGCUCUCUCUCUCUCUCUC